CAGCGCCAUCACCGCGGCCGAAACACCUCAACGGCCUCGGACAACAAAACACACAGGCCUCCGGGGGAAACAAAAAGCGGAAGGACCCGGCUUAUGAGAGGACGGGGGAACAGAUAGAGGGACGGACUCGGAGUGUACAGCAAUGGAGGUCUUUGUGUCUCAAAAUUUAGAGCUACUACAAGAAGAAAGAGCAGCUGAAAUUGAAGAGACCAGGGCCUGGCAGGAAAACAUUUCUGUUAAAGAACUCCAGCGGUGUGGUGUCUGUCUGCUGAAGCUUCAGGUGGUGAGCCAGAGAACUGGACUGUAUGGACGCUUUCUUGUUAACUUUGAACCUAGAAAGCAUGAGGCCAAUGCAGCACUACCCAGCAAUAACUUCAGCCCUGGGGAUAUUGUAGGUCUGUACGACAGUCCAGGCUCUGCCCCAUUGGACCAGCUUGCAUCUGGCAUUGUGACGCGCAUCACGCAAAACUCAAUCACUGUAGCUUUCGAUGAGCCCAGUGACCAGUUAAGCUUCGACGGUAACUGUUCCUAUAAACUUUUGAAACUGGCUAAUGAUGUCACUUACAAAAGACUGAAACAUGCAUUAAAGGCCUUGAGCCAAUAUCAUGCUGGACCUACUUCUCAUCUCAUUGAUGUCCUGUUUGGUGCUUCUGAGCCAAGCUUUCCUUCAGAAAAUCUAAAAAUCCCAGAGCUGUACAAUCGCUGUCUGGAUGACUCUCAGAAGGAAGCAGUACAUUUUGCACUCUCACAGAAGGAAGUUGCAAUUAUCCAUGGGCCUCCUGGUACUGGAAAGACGACUACAGUUGUAGAAAUAAUUCUGCAGGCUGUAAAGCAAGGUCUGAAGGUGCUGUGCUGUGCUCCCUCUAACGUUGCUGUUGACAACCUAGUUGAACGCCUGGCUCAAUUUAGAACACAGGUUUUGCGUUUGGGUCACCCUGCACGACUGCUUGAGUCCAUACAUCGCCACUCUUUGGACGCUGUACUGGCACACAGUGACAGCACCCAAAUAAUAAUGGAUACCCGGAAGGACAUCGAUCAGGCUUUUGGAAAAUUGAAAAAGACACGAGAGAGAGGAGAGAAGGUGCACUUUCGUGGUGAGAUCAAGACUUUGAAAAAAGAGCUGCGAGCAAGGGAGGAGGCAGCUAUAGUACAAAUACUAAAAAAAGCAAGUGUCGUCUUGGCAACUAACACAGGUGCUUCAAAUGAUGGUCCAUUAAAACUCCUGUCAAAUGAUUAUUUUGAUCUUGUGGUGAUUGAUGAGUGUGCACAAGCUCUGGAAGCGAGUUGCUGGAUACCAUUAAUGAAAGCCCCAAAAUGCAUCCUGGCUGGGGAUCACAAACAGCUUCCUCCUAUCAUCAUUUCUCACAAAGCUGCAGCUAAAGGCCUAUCGCUCAGUUUGAUGGAGCGGCUAAUCCAGAGAUUUGGUGAACAAGUGGUGAGAAUGUUGACUGUCCAGUAUCGAAUGCAUGACACUAUAAUGCAGUGGGCCUCCAAACAGAUGUACUAUGGACGACUCACAGCUCAUGAGAUGGUGGCAGAACACUUGCUAAAGGAUCUGCCUGGGGUUGCUUCCACAGAAGAGACAAAAAUUCCACUACUUCUAAUAGACACCUCAGGAUGUGGUCUGCUUGAACUUGAUGAAGAAGAUGAACAAUCUAAAGGAAAUAAAGGUGAAGUUCAAAUUGUGACAAUGCACAUUCAAGCCCUGACUGAGGCUGGUGUCCACCCUAAGGAUAUUGCUGUGAUAGCGCCUUACAAUUUGCAGGUACAACUCCUAAGAAAGGAGUUGUUCAACAAGUAUCCGGAGCUGGAAAUCAAGUCUGUCGAUGGUUUCCAAGGAAGAGAAAAAGAGGCUGUUGUUUUAUCACUUGUGAGGUCUAACAGGACAGGUGAAGUUGGUUUUCUGGCUGAAGACCGAAGAAUAAAUGUGGCGGUUACUCGUGCGCGACGCCACUUGACGGUGGUCUGUGACACGCGCACAGUCAGCACUCACCCGUUUUUGAAAUCCCUGGUUGACUACAUGACUGAACAUGGGGAAGUACGAACUGCAUUUGAGUACUGUGAUGACAUUGUGUCUGAAAACUACUCCCGGCCAGCCCCUCAGGCCGAGCAAAGGAGAGCAAAAGCUUCUUCAGUAGCAUGCAAAAAUAAUGGGAGCUCAGCAAACGACAGGAGUACGGCAAAUGCAAAAAUACUUAAAGACACACAAAAUCGAUCUGCUCAAAAACCUGUGUGUAAAAAGAAGGCUGCAAAUGACAAUAGUCCCAUAAUACAGAAAGAGGAUGUCAGUGCAAGAACAUUAGACCCAGCCACCAAAACCAUGAUUGUAAAAGAUAACUCUGAGAAACUUAAGAAACAAAUAAUGCAAUUUAUGGAGGAUAGUGCAAGGACCAAGUUUGAAUUCCCAUCGUCUCUGAAUUCUCAUGAUCGGUUGUUGGUCCACCAGAUAGCGGAAGAGCUUGGCCUUGAGCAUUUUAGCAUUGGUGAAAGCAAAGACAGGGUUAUUGUCGUGACCAAGUCGGGUUUUUUGGAAACGCAAAGGCAGCUUGAUGGCCAAUUGGACCAUAAGGGGCUGGAAGUGCCUCAGAAAUUGAGCAAUCUUGCCCCACAGAUUCACGAGGAAAAAGCAGAAGAAUGGACUCUUAUUGAAACUGAAAGGCCACAAGACUGUACCCCUUGUGUUUCUCAGUCAAAACUUGAUUUAAAGACCCUGUACAUGGAAAGGAUGCAGCGGGAACAAGCUAAGCAAGAGGAGAAGGAAAAACAGAAGCAGCAAUCUAGCACUACUGUUUCUCUGAAGUCUAAAAAUAAAAAACCUGUAGUAAAGGGGAAAGCGUCAACUAAAGAAGCUGCUGCAAGUGGUACAGAAGAGGAUUUUGAUGCGCUCAUUGCUGCAUCAAUAAAGGCGAACAGUGUUUGUGCUUUUUUAAAGUGCAAUGGAAGUAUUCUCACCCUGGGGCAGCACUGCAUUCACUGUAACAAACACUACUGUCUCAGCCAUCACAUCCCAGAGGUUCAUGGCUGUGGUGGGAGUGCCAAAGCUCAUGCCCGAAAACUCAUCAGCAGAGAAGGUAUUCUAUAUGCAGGCAGUGGUAGUAAGGACCACUUAUUAGAUCCAGUGAAAAAGGCCCAUCUGCAGAGAAAACUAGGAAAGAAAAUUGAACAAUUAGCUAGCCAACGAGGUGUCAAAAAGGAAACUAAAAAGUAAAAAUUGAAAUGGACGUGGCUGUCUCUGACCCUUGAGAAGGUGGUGAUGACAACCGACUGCCUUCUUCAGCCAUUUCAGAGGGUAGUUAAAAGCCAAGCAUAUUGCUGUGGGACUGGAGAACUAUUGAUCAGAACAGGCAAGGAUGGAAGGUUUCAUUCCCUGCUGAAUACUAAAUGACAUUGUUCCUCUUGUUGCCUUGUGUAUAAUAUGUUAAAGAAACAAAUGGCAAAGAUUCGAUAAUAGGAGACAACUCUGCCUCAUAAGAAUAGUACAAUAAACUGUCAGUUCAUACUGUCAACUCGCUGCACCCUUGAUUUCAUUCUUAACAUCCUGGAUGAUGCAGUUUAGCUCCAGAGGGACCUCUGCACUUGACUUGCUGGAAUUCUUUUUUUUUGUAGCAUUCUUUUAAAUUUUCUCGCUAGAAAUAUGUGAGCCAUCAAUCAGAAUAAACUUGUUUGACAGUA